AUGGCCGUCAUCGAACUCGAUUCUCUCGAGUCUUCGGGCGCAGGCCCCAGCCCCUCAACAUUGCGAUAUCGUCGGCAGAGUGCGCAUGACAGGCCUCCUGGUGACGCUGAGCGCCACCCUCCUUCAACGCCUCCUUCGACGCUGGCAGUGGCGACCGGUCUCGGCCUCCUCACGACCUUCACUCUCCCACCAAAAUAUGACCACCUUUCUAUCAUCUCCCGUCUGUGGCUACAGAGCCGCGUCAUCGAUCCUCCCCCCAGCACCUCGGAGGAUAAGGAUCAAGUUGAGUUCGCGUCGGCCGGACAAGCGCGCAGGAUCUCCUGGCGCAACUUGAAGAUCGGGGUGGAUAUUUUUCGUCUCCUUGGCCCUCGGACUGCAGGGCUUAUCCUCCACUACCGCAACGUGCUGGCACUCCCAUCCUUCGUAUAUCUCGUUUCGGUGGUUGUGGACGGCGUUCUGCCUACUGCUGCCCUCUGGGCGUCAGGCCAGAUGCUCGACCUCGUCGAGAAGAGCUUUGCAGGCUCGCCGGCGACGUGGGCGACGGCUUUGCGCAUCGCAGCGAUGACUAUCAGCUUCGAAGUGCUCAACUACAUGUCCAGCGACGUGUUUAACUCAUGCUACGACUUUUUACGCUCGUUCACCCAGUACCACCUGGAGCGCCUGCACAUGAGCGCAGUGCUCAACCACACCGUGGCCAUCCAAGAGGACGAGACGUUCAUGGCAGUCGUGUGCGAAGCCGGUGUUUUCGCUGGGGUCGACAGCAUGCACGGGAUCGAGUGUCCUCCGCACGACGCGUGGUGGAUGGUUAGCUCAGUGGGCGAGCUGGUAUCCACAAGCAUUGAGCUUGGCCUGCAGACAGCACUCGUUUUCGGCACACUGCGGACAGCGAUGCAGGGAUCGAGCUUCUCUGUCGGCAACUCGAUCCUCAUCGGCCUCUCCCUUGCACCUUUGUGCUUCAGCAUACUCUCUGACAAGUUGACUGAUUGGUUCCCUCCUUACUGGCUCCGUGACCCGGUGGGCGACUUCGCUGCCGAGAGGGAACUGUCGACCUAUCGCGAGUUUGUGGAUGGACAACACCGCGAGGAGCUCAUCCUCUUCAAUCUCAAACCCUACAUCCUUCAGCGGUGGGACAAGCUCAGCAAAGCCCCACAGGGCAUGUCAUGGAACUACGACUCGUCGUUCUGGAUCCAGUUGAGCCGCCUCGCCGUCAGCGAGCUCAUUACAAACGCGUUCUACGUGCUGCUGGCAGUCCGCGCCAUUCCAUCAACAUUGACGCUGGGUGCAAUUCACCUCCACCGCUCGAGCGCGGAGCAAAUGCAUUCUACCAUUCGACGCUUCAAGUGGAAACUCGACGUCACCUGGCAGCUGCCGUACUUCCUCGCGGCCAUGUUCGCAUCGCAGGAGGGUCCAAUCAAGCGCGGCCCGCAGCUUAACUACGAGCGACAUCGACGGCCCGGAGGGAUGCGGCUUGAGGCCCGUGACCUAGGCCUGACGUACGAUGGCACCACGCCAACCCUGCGCGACAUCAACAUUACCGUGGAGCCUGGAGAGUCGCUCGCUGUCGUCGGCUUCAACGGAAGUGGCAAGACGACGCUCGUACGUGCACUUCUCGGCCUCCACAGCCACUCUGGCACACUUCUCAUCAAUGACAUUCCAUUUGAGGAUUUCGAUACUGCGACCCUACAUUUCCGCAUGUCGUGUCUCUUCCAGGACUACGACCGCUACAACCUCCCGGUGAGGCAGAACGUGGGCUUUGGCAAUACAGACAAGAUGGAGAACGAUGAGGCCCUCAAUAGUGCACUGGAGCGAGGCGGUGCCUCUACUGUCGUGCAGGGAAUUGGGGGUCUGGAUCGAUGGCUCUCCUCUUUUAGCGCUCGACGUCAUGGUCACGGGUCCAACAAGAUGGAUGGCGGUGCACUGGCUACGCCAUUGGCUGCCAACAGUGGCGCUGCGACACCCGCAGCCGAUACCAACACUGACUCGAAAGUGAUCUCUGCAAUCGAUUCGAACGGUGCCGUGGUGGUGUCAACGUCUGCCUCACAGACAGACGGCCCUGUGGCGUCCGAGUCUAAUGGCGAUUCCAACAGUGACAAUCCCGCGAUGCUGAGUGGUGGCCAGUGGCAGCGGAUUGCGCUAGCGCGUGCUUUCCUGCGGCAUGGUGAAACAGAUCUGAUAGUCCUGGACGAGCCAUCGGCAUCUCUCGACGCGCGUACGGAAAAGGAGCUAUUUGACACAGUACACUCACUGACCAAGCGUGGUGAGAACGGCCGCACGACCUGCAUCUUCAUCUCGCAUCGAUUCGCCACUGUGAAGAAGGCAUCUAAAAUUGCAUUUGUCGAGGAAGGGAGGAUAGUCGAACACGGAACCCACGCCGAGCUCAUGGAAUUUGGUGGACGAUACGCCGAAAUGUACAAUAUCCAGAAGUCGGCGUUUGACGAUUAG